AUGGCACAAAGGUACGAUGAGCUGGCCCACUACGGCGGCAUGGAUGGCGUCUCCGCGUCCAUGUACGGGGACCCGCACGCGCCCCGGCCCCUGCCCCAAGUGCACCACCUCAACCACGGGCCCCCCCUGCACGCCAGCCAGCACUACGGAGCCCACGCGCCGCAUCCCAAUGUCAUGCCCGCCUCCAUGGGCUCUGCCGUCAACGACGUGCUCAAGAGGGACAAAGAUCAGAUCUACGGCCACCCCCUGUUCCCGCUGCUCGCUCUGGUGUUCGAGAAGUGCGAGCUGGCUACGUGCACGCCCCGGGAGCCCGGCGUGGCGGGGGGAGACGUGUGCUCCUCGGAUUCCUUCAACGAGGACAUCGCGGUCUUUGCCAAACAGGUGCGGGCAGAAAAGCCUUUAUUUUCAUCAAAUCCAGAGUUGGAUAAUUUGAUGAUACAAGCCAUACAAGUAUUACGAUUUCACCUCUUGGAAUUAGAAAAGGUGCACGAGCUCUGCGACAAUUUCUGCCACCGGUAUAUCAGCUGCUUGAAAGGGAAAAUGCCAAUAGACCUGGUCAUAGACGAGAGGGACGGUAGCUCCAAAUCUGACCAUGAAGAGUUGUCCGGAUCUUCGACCAACCUCGCUGACCACAACCCCGCCUCUUGGAGAGACCAUGACGAUGCCACCUCCACACACUCAGCCGGCACUCCGGGGCCCUCCAGCGGGGGCCAUGCCUCCCAGAGCGGCGACAACAGCAGUGAGCAAGGAGAUGGUCUCGACAACAGCGUCGCAUCGCCCGGCACAGGAGACGACGACGACCCGGACAAGGAAAAGAAGAGGCAGAAAAAACGUGGCAUUUUCCCCAAAGUGGCAACAAACAUCAUGCGGGCGUGGUUAUUCCAGCAUCUCACACACCCGUACCCUUCUGAAGAGCAGAAGAAGCAGCUAGCUCAAGACACAGGCCUAACCAUCUUACAAGUAAACAACUGGUUCAUCAACGCCAGAAGAAGAAUAGUACAGCCCAUGAUCGACCAGUCGAAUCGAGCAGUGAGCCAAGGAGCGGCGUACAGUCCCGAAGGCCAGCCCAUGGGCAGUUUCGUGCUGGACGGGCAGCAGCACAUGGGGAUCCGACCGGCCGGGCCUAUGAGCAAAGGGGGAAGUCUGCCAGGCGUCCCGGGUGACUUCGGCCCUCACGGCGCUCCUAUGGGCAUGAGCAUGGCCCCCGGCUUCACCCACCCUCCCCACCUGCACCACGGAGCUCCCCUUCAUCACCACCACCCUCACCCCGCCGCAUACCUACCCAGUCACCCAGCUCCGUCUCCCAACUACCACCACCACCACCACCACGCCAUGCUGAUGCACGGAGGAGCACCCGGCCACCUCCACCCAGAGCGGACCCCCCUCAUGUCCCCCGUCGACCCCGGCUCCGGUGGGCCGAGCUUGGACAUACACGCCCAGUGA